AUGAACAACGUGGACGCCAUGUACGAGGCAGGCGUUGCAUGGUCGACAAAAGACAAGAGCGAGAUUGAGCUUAGUCCUGUUCAUCGUGUUGCACCGACAGUUGACGUCCCGAGACCUUUGGCUUUACCACUUCGUCAACGAUCUCUUGGUGCUAUGCCCAAUAUGGCGCGAUACAGUUCCGACUCUAUAGCAACAGAGCCACGUCUAAGUGUCUGUAGCACUUCUGGGACUGUUUACGAGAGCGUAGUAGUGGUCGGUCAUACCUAUGGCUCAUCACAUAAGGUUGUAUACUAUCUACUUGAGGUGCGUUCGUGGGAGAUGCCACUCGAGGGAUACGUGGUGCGGCGUCGAUACAACGACUUUCACAAGUUUCAUCAGGAGCUGGCUAAUUAUAUGCCCUUGAGAAGACCUCGUAGCAGCACAACGAUCGGCUUUGGUCUCUCCUAUUCGUCGCUCCUGUGUAAUCCUUUGACGAUCAAGACGCCAGAGGCUUCACCACUCUGGUCACCGACACGGACAGAUGGCGGACGAGGAGUGAAUGGCACAGAUCAGAGGAGGGCAUCUUGGAUCAGUGAAAACAGCAGCAGCUCAAAGCAUCAGCAGCAAGUGGAAGAGAAUGAGGUGCGGAGCAGUGCCCCUGCUAUUUUGGCUGAAGAAUACCGACCAAAUGGAGGUGUUGCCAGCUACAACAGCAACACGUUGCUACCGCUUGAUGCAGUCAAAUUUAACCUAGCGGGACGUCCAUGGCUACCACCAAUGCCGAAUGGCGGCAUGUUCUCCAUGUUUACCACUCGCCAUGCACUUAUCAAUUACCGUAUUAAGCAGUUCAACCACAUCUUGGCGGCUGUUAUGAGUGACAAGUCUAGUGAUGUGGGCAGUCUUCUCAUGAAUUUUAUUCAGGAGAAACCUGGCACGCAGGCGCAGACGUAUACCACCUUGUCCGAAUACGCACCCAUUGACAUUCCGUUCAAUGUCGAGCGGUACGCACGACGGCGUGCUAUGUCUAUUGGUAAACGUCAGUUGCGGGAUCAAAUGUCUUCUCCUGUAGUUUGA